AUGGCUACUUCAAACUGUUCUUCAGUGACUGAUUUUAUCCUUGAAGGGUUAACCAAGCGUCCAGAGCUUCAGUUGCCCCUCUUUCUCUUGUUUCUUGGAAUCUAUGUGGUCACGGUGGCGGGCAACCUGGGCAUGAUCCUCUUAAUUGUCAUCAGUUCUCAACUUCACUCUCCAAUGUAUUUUUUUCUCAGUCAUUUGUCCUUCAUUGAUCUGUGCUAUUCCUCUGUCAUUACCCCUAAAAUGCUGGUGAACUUUCUGUCAGAAAGAAACAUUAUCUCCUUUCUGGAGUGCAUGACUCAGCUCUACUUCUUCCUUAUUUUUGUCAUUGCAGAAGGCUACCUUUUGACGGCGAUGGCCUAUGAUCGCUACGUUGCUAUCUGCAGCCCACUGCUUUAUAAUAUUGCCAUGUCUCACAGGGUCUGCGCCAUGAUGACGGCUGUAGUAUACUCACUGGGCUUGUUCGGGGCCACAGUCCACACCACCCGGAUGUCAAUGUUGUCCUUCUGUGGGUCUCACAUUGUCAGGCAUUAUUUUUGUGAUUCUACCCUACUGACUCUGUCUUGCUCCAGCACUCACAUUAAUGAAAUAUUGCUGUUUAUUAUCGGGGGAGUUAAUACCUUAGCACCAACGCUAGCUGUCCUCAUCUCUUAUGGUUUCAUCCUCUCUAGCAUCCUCCGUAUUCACUCCACUGAAGGACGGUCCAAAGCCUUUGGCACCUGUAGCUCCCAUCUCAUGGCUGUGGGCAUCUUUUUUGGGUCCAUUACAUUCAUGUAUUUCAAGCCCCCUUCCAGCAAUACGAUGGAGCAGGAGAAAGUGUCCUCUGUGUUCUACACCACAGUGAUCCCCAUGCUGAAUCCCUUGAUCUACAGCCUGAGGAACAAGGAUGUGAAGAAUGCAUUGAGGAAGGUGGUUGGGAGGAUGCAGGCAUCCUGA